AUGUGUUCAUUUACUGCCACAUACAAAAAUAUGAAUAUACACUAUGAAAAAGAUCAUAAUAUUUUACAAAAUGUAGAUAGUUUUGAAUUUGAAAGCAUUGAUGAUUUUAACAAUUGGAGACGUGAAAUUGAAAUACCAACUCAGUCAUUGUAUGUUAAAAACUACGGUUCCUCUGUUAAAGGAAAUCAAAUUUACAGUUAUUACAAAUGCCACAGAAGUGGCUUCUAUAAUUCACUUAGUAUAGGUCAACGGCAUUUAAAAACACAGGGUUCUAACAAAAUAAAUGGGUACUGUCCAGCUAGUAUUAAUGUUAUAGAGUCAAAUGUUACAAAAAAAUGUACCGCUAAAUUUAAUGGCAAUCAUAUAGGUCAUGAAAAUGAAAUAGGGCACUUACCUUUAAAUAAAUGUAUCAGAGAUGAUAUAGCAUCUAAAAUAUCACAAAACAUUCCGUUUGAAAAAAAUUUGGACGAAAUUCGUGAUAAUAUUGCCAACAAUCAUUUAGAAAGAACUCAUUUACUUACUAAGAAAGAUUUGUAUAAUAUUGAAGCUUCAUACAAUCUUAACAAUGAGGCAGUAUAUCAUUCUAAUGAUGCUACAAGUGUUGGAGCAUGGGUGGAAAAACUAAAAACUGAUGACAAAUUAAGCCUCGUUUAUUACAAGUCACAAGGUCAAAUCGACACUAAUCAUAUCCAACUUAAAGAAGAUGACUUUUAA